CGUUUCUCUUCAGCUGCUACGUCUAGUAGAGGAGUGUCAACGAGGUGGAAAAUUCAUCAAAAGUCUAGCAGACAAAAUCAAGGCUGAAAUACAGAAACUCCUGGAGGACACUGGCUCAGACCCACAAAUAAGACAGACAACUAAUUUGGUCCAGAACAUGAGUGGGGAGAUUUUGGAACACAACGACAGACUUUUUUGCAAUGAGUCGUCAGUGAAAGACACACGUAGAGAAGGGAAGACAAAUCUGCAAGAAAUCAUUGACUUAGCUGAGGACAAGUGGCAGUCACUGAGUGAGGAGGCAAAACUGAAACUUGACUCCUUGAUCAAGAACCUCUGGAACAUGACAGCCAGUGUAGGGAAACUUCUCUUCUAUGUUCUCCUGCUGUUGGAACUGAGAUAUGUGUUUGAUAUACUGAAUCCUGAAUCCUGUUACAUCUCCCUCAACAGAGGUAGACUCAAGUAUGCAUUUAAGAUGGCGUCGAUGUUGGCCUUAUGGUUGUCUCACGACGUUGAGACAAAUCCUGGGCCACAGUUCAAUGAGAGAACAUGCGUAGAGAUGUAUGUUCGUCGGUUAUCACUGGCUCUCAGAGACGACCUUGACACUGCUGGUUCCAUCUGGUCCAAGAAAAUUGCCCAAGCGGCUUACAACGCUGGAUUUUCAAGGAAUUUGAGAUGGAACAAUCCCUCGUCGGGGAAGAACAAAGACAGCUUGCCCAAGCUGAAAGAGAGGGCAAAGGAACUAAUCAGAGUGUUGUCCGAUAGGAACUGUCUCCCAUCAGAUUUGCCAGCUUUCACUGAUCUCGACCUACAAGAAACAUUAGACGGACUAAGGAAGUACCUUGAGGUAAAGCACUUCGAGACUGCUGCAGACGUUCUGCUCAAUGAGCCAGGCUUCACAACCUCACUCAAAGAAAAAAUUCGUCACUUGACAGGAUUAGCGCAGGAGGAAAUUUCAUAUUCUAAACAAAUGAUACAUAAUCCUCCUGGAAGACCACUAACAGUUCCCGAUAUCAACGAGUUUCAACAAUUAGCAGACCCACAGUGUCUGAACGACAGUGAAGGUGAUGGAACCACAUUACGACAAAAUGAGUCCAGCACCGACUGUCCUGUCAGUCCGAGACCACUAUCAACCAGCAUGGACACACAGAGGCACGAAGGGGACAACCGGGGCCUGACAAACAGAGUAUGUACACAGUCUGCCACCACAGACACACUGCAGGACGAAGCCAGAAGGGUAGCGGGGACUACAGGGAGUGACUUUGCAUGUAGGACGUCGGAUGAUAAUCAAGAAAACAUCAUGACAGCCACGCCGUGUACGCCAGAAACUGAUGUUUCACCGAGUCAUGAAGAACAAAGGGAUGUCAACAUCCCAUCUGACAUCUGUGUCGCCAUCCCAUCUGUGUCGCCAUCUGACGGUGAUUCAUUUGACAGAGCUGAUAGUGCUGAAGCCUCUCAUCCAAAUACAGAUGCAUCUGUAAAUGUACAUACACCACUCAUAAACACCCGUGACAUCACUGUCCCUGCAGAUACAUCUGAUGAGGCUUUACUGGCAGAUAUUAAACAAUUUCUUCUCAUAAACACCCGUGACAUCACUGUCCCUGCAGAUACACCUGAUGAGGUUAUACUGUCAGACUUGACAUCUGGACCAUCCCGUGUCUUGAACAGUAAUGAUGUAAAUACUUCACACAGACACACACCAAAUGCUGAUCGCUCCCCUUAUGGUGAGACACAGAGCGCUGUUCCUGCAGCAUAUGAUGGUGGCUGUGAAGACGAUGCUAGAAAUGCAUCUGAACCUCUAUAG